GCCUGGCCAGGCGCACUCUGCAGCAUGGUCUGGAACACUAACCUCCGUUGGCGACUGCCGCUCAUUUGCUUCUUCCUGGAGGUGGCCUUGGUGGUCCUCUUCGGCGUAUUUGUACGCUAUGAUUUCGAGGCCGACGCCCACUGGCCCGAGGAGAAGAGGCACAGGAACAUCGCCAGUGACUUCGAGAACGACUUCUACUAUCGAUACCCGAGCUUCCAGGACGUACACGUGAUGAUCUUCGUGGGCUUCGGCUUCCUCAUGACCUUCCUGCAGCGCUACAGCUUCAGCGCAGUGGGCUUCAAUUUCCUGUUGGCGGCCUUCGGCAUCCAGUGGGCGCUGCUAAUGCAGGGCUGGUUCCACGCCUUCCAAGACGGCUACAUCUUCAUCGGGGUGGAGAGCCUCAUCAAUGCGGACUUCUGCGUGGGCUCUGUCUGCGUGGCCUUUGGGGCAGUUCUGGGCAAAGUCAGCCCUAUCCAGCUACUCAUCAUGACUCUCUUCCAAGUGACCCUCUUCUCAGUGAAUGAAUUCAUUCUCCUCAACUUACUGCUGAAGGUGAAGGAUGCAGGUGGAUCCAUGACCAUCCACACAUUUGGCGCCUACUUUGGGCUCACAGUGACCUGGAUCCUCUACCGACCCAACCUACAGCGGAGCAAGGAGAGACAGAGUUCUGUGUACCACUCAGACCUCUUUGCCAUGAUUGGCACCCUCUUCCUAUGGAUGUACUGGCCCAGCUUCAACUCAGCUGUGUCCAACCAUGGAGAUGCCCAGCACCGGGCUGUCAUCAACACCUACUGCUCCCUGGCAGCCUGUGUGCUCAGCUCGGUGGCGCUGUCCAGCAUCCUGCAAAAGAAGGGCAAGCUAGACAUGGUGCACAUCCAGAAUGCCACACUAGCGGGAGGGGUGGCUGUGGGCACUGCUGGAGAGAUGAUGCUCAUGCCCUACGGCGCCCUCAUCACCGGCUUCAUCAGCGGCAUCGUCUCCACCCUGGGCUUCGUGUACCUGACGCCCUUCCUGGAGGCCCACAUGCAUAUCCAGGACACAUGUGGCAUUCACAACCUACAUGGCAUGCCUGGCCUCAUCGGUGGCAUUGUGGGUGCAGUGACAGCAGCCUCUGCCAACAGUCAGGUGUAUGGGUAUGAAGGGCUUCUCCAUGCCUUUGACUUUGAAGGUACCAAGAGAAAUAGGACCACAGAACUUCAGGGCAGCUUCCAGGCUGCUGGCAUCUUUGUGUCCAUGGCCAUAGCCCUGGUGGGCGGCAGCAUUGUGGGAGCCAUUUUGAAACUCCCAUGCUGGGGACAGCCUGCUGACGAGAACUGCUUUGAUGAUGAGAUCUACUGGGAGGCGGUGGCCCUCAUUCAGCACCACUGGCUGGACAGCGCCAGUCCCGUAUAUUAG